AUGGAUAGCUUGAGAGAAGAGGAAGAAGGUUCAUUUUUUUAUGCUCAUGAGCACAUUGCAACAAUGUCUGGUUUAAAUUCUAAUUACACAGAGAUACACCACUUAGAUUCUGGUUUUCAUAAUUGGUCUGAGAGUAGUUUCCAAUAUGAUGUAUGGAUAAAUAGCCCACGAAGCGUUGAGGAACGGCGUGGUAAAUUCUUGGAUUGGAUGGGAUUGAGUUUAGAUCGAGUUUCUCCUGAAAAUUCAGUUGAUGCACCUUCUUUGGAAGGCGAAUUAGAUAGGGCAAUGGAAACCAGUGAUGCUGUUUUGAGAACAUCUGACUUUGAAGAGGAGUUUUCUUCCACUCGGUCUUCCAUGUCUUGUUGGUCUAAUGAUAAUUUUGAUUUGUUUGGGAAGUCGAGGCCAGGAAAUAAUUUUGUGUGCGGCGAAGGAAAUGAUGAUACAUCGUGUGAUGUUGAGCGAGUGCAGCAGGAUGAGAAGGCAAGUGAACAUUGUGAAAUGAGUGAAGAAGAAUUGGUAGCCAACAAGAAUUCUGAGAGCCCUAGUGCGGCAUCGCCCUCUAUUCAACAAUUUAAGGAGAAUGAAGUUGAGAAGGAGAAUAAAUUAAAGAGAAUACCAAAGAGAGUUAAGAACAGGUGGUAUAGUAGAUUGUGUUCAAUGUAUUGCAUGGUUGAUACAAAGGUUGAAGAUAAUCAAUCGAGACCGGAUGGAGAUGAUUCAAUUUUGGGGACUAAGGUUCAGAGAGUUAAAGUCCAGCAAAGCAGGAAGAAAAGGAAGGAACUUUCAGCACUCUACAUGGGACAAGAUAUCCAGGCCCACGAAGGUACAAUUUUGACGAUGAAGUUCAGUCCUGACGGGCAAUACCUAGCAAGUGCUGGUGAAGAUGGUGUCGUGAGAGUAUGGCAAGUGGUGGAAGAUCAGAGAUUCAACGACCUUGACAUUCCGGAAAUAGAUCCUUCCUGCAUAUACUUCACAGUGAAUUAUCUUUCCGAAUUGAAACCCCUCUUUGUAGAUACGGAAAAAACAGGUAAUUUAAGGAGCAUGAGAAAAACUUCUGAUUCAGCAUGUGUUAUCUUCCCUCCCAAAACUUUCCGGAUAUUGGAGAAACCAUUACACGAGUUCCAGGGGCACGAUGGUGAUAUCCUGGAUCUUUCGUGGUCAAAGAAAAAUUUUCUGCUGUCUUCUUCUGUUGAUAGAUCUGUUCGUAUGUGGCAAGUUGGAUCUGACCAUUGCCUAAGAGUGUUUUCACAUAGUAAUUAUGUAACAUGUGCUCAGUUUAACCCUGUGGAUGACAAUUACUUCAUUAGCGGUUCAAUAGAUGGAAAAGUGCGCACUUGGGCAAUUUCUAGCUACCAGGUUGUUGACUGGUGCGAUGUAAGAGAUAUAGUUACUGCAGUUUGUUAUCGUCCGGACGGACAGGGAGGAAUUGUUGGCUCAAUGAACGGCAGCUGCUGGUUUUACAAUGUGGCAGACAAUCAUUUGCAACUGGAUGCUCAUGUAGACUUAAAUGUGAAAAAAAAGUCACCUCGCAGAAGAAUAACUGGCUUGCAGUUUUUGCCACAAGAUUCAAGCAAAGUAAUGGUUACUUGUGCUGAUUCUCAUGUCAGAAUUCUUCAAGGACACGGUGUGAUUUGCAAAUACAAGGGAGCACACAACUCUCUUUCUCAAUCUGCAGGAAACAAUGGUAACCCGGCAUUCGCAUCAUUAACUCCUGAUGGUAAGCAUAUUGUUUCAGCUUCUGAGGAUGCAAAUGUAUAUAUAUGGAAUAGUGUCGAUCAGGAUGAACAAGCAUGUCCUCCUGCUAAAGAUAUAAGAUCCUUUGAGCGAUUCUUUGCUAAUGCAUCCAUUACAAUCCCAUGGUGUGGCAUGAAAUGUGAGAAUGCAGAAAAUGGAAGGCAAUUUGAAGUACUGAAUGAAAAUUUACCCGAUAACCUUCCGUUUUUCCCGCCUUCAUAUUUCUCGUUGAACCGUGAAUACUUUUUGGAGUAUUUUCCCAAGGAAUCUGCAACUUGGCCAGAAGAAACACUUGCUCCAUCGAGCCCGUUGUCUGUGUCAUCUCCAAUGCAUAAAUCCCAGUACAAGUUUCUGAAAUCUUCUUGCCAGAAUACAUUUCAAUCCCAUGCAUGGGGUCUUGUUUUAGUGACAGCUGGUUUGGAUGGAAGGAUUAAAUCAUUCCUCAAUUACGGUUUACCAGUGAUCUCGAGAUACGAAAGCAUCAGGGCAGCAUGCUUUGAUAGUCACUCACAAGUCAGAUGGAUGAUUGAGAAUCUGUGGUUUACUGUCAGUGUUCUGCAACUGAAUACGGUUGCAACAAGUGGCCGAGUUCUAUGGUUUACGAAAUGUUUCUUGGAAGGAGUGGCCAAGGGUCAUUCCAACGGUCAUGGAGUUGGAACUUACCGGGUUAUUAUUUUCUCGGAAACGAAUUUCUCUGCCAACUGUAGUGCUAGAAUGCAUACCAUUUUUUAUGCAUUGCAGAGCACAUUUCCGGGAAAUUCCUUCCACGGCCUGUUGAAUCCGGGUCUGUGGACUUAUGGUCGUGACAGAGAGAUCAAUCCGAGGACGCUAUUCUUACUGGGGUCAGAGUAG